AUGAAGUCCUGGUCGAAUUAUCGGUUAUCACCCUCACAUACAUUCCCCCUCUUGUGGAAUCAAUUAAUUGACCAAAGCAUCGCAUCUGCCGGCCUUGUGGAUGCUUGCCAAAAGUUAUCAUACGAAGGCGAACUUUCGGCUUCAGGCUUUCCAGAUUUUAACACAAAUACAUGCGAUCCGGGUUUUUUUGUCCUUCGUGACAUGUCAUUGCUCACCCUUUUUGUCGACCGUGUUCUCCAAGGUAUUACCAAAGUAUCUGUGAGACAAUUGGUAGACUUUCAUCCUAGUCUUCUACGAGCUCUGGUCCCGGUGCAGGUAGAAUGCUCCGGCCCGGGCCACCCAGAAACUAACAGCUAUCUCUACACUGCGAUCUCGGCGGACGACCCAAAGUCCCCUACGCUUGAACACACAUGCACUAUCGGCUUUGUUCAGUACGCCGGAUAUUCUCAGGCGCUUGGUCACGGAAUCGGCAUCGGUUUCGCUGGGACCGCUUGGUUUAAG